AUGCGCCUCCCGCAACCCUCCGGCGGUAUGGGCCGCACGAAAAACCUCAUUCACUUCGCCCAGGCCCUCAUCAUCUUCAUAGCAUGGGCGAUGACCAUUGCUAUCUGGACGAAGGGCGGCUCGGGUAUCGACGGCCGGACAGGCUGGUUCUGGGCUUUGUGCUGGUUCAGUAUCCCCGGUCUGGUCUACCUCGUCGCCGUGCCCAUGUGGCCGCGUGCCCGCCGCUUCGGCAAUGUUUACGCCUUUGCGACCGUCGAUAUCCUCUAUGCCGUCCUCUGGUUUGCUGCAUGGGCUGCCGUGGCUGACUACGUGGCUGAGGGGAAGAGCAAGGGCGCUUCUUCGUCUUCGGAUAGCAGCAAUACCAGCAGCAACAGCAACAGCAAGGCGACUCGCGCGGACAAGAGCAGCUCCAGUGGCAGCAGCGGCAAGUCCGGCUGCGAUAACUGGGCCUAUGGCAGCGCCAGCAAGUGUGAGUUGAGCACAGCCACCACCAUUAUCGGCGUCGUGAUCUUCCUCCUCUUUGCCGUCACAUCCUACCUCUCUUUCCGCAACGUGAUGCACUUCCGCCGCACCGGCACUCUCCCGGACGCCGUCUCAGACCCGACCUUCGCCGCGCAGAGCAAAGCCGCCUUCUCAUCGAACCCGGCCCACGACUUCGAGGAAGAGGACGACUUCCGCUCCGGCCGCGCCGGCGGAAUGGGCAACCAAGCCGGCAGUGACCGCGACGAGGACUAUGCCCUGCUACAGCAGAGCGAAAUCGAUGACAUGGGCAACCCGAACGGCCGGAGUGCCCUGCACGGCGCCUACGAUCCCACCGCCCCGGCUCCGUCCAGUGUCCUGCACGACUAUAACAGCUCCGGGUAUAACCCGUAUGGAGGCCCGCCGCCUGGCCAGCACUAUGCUCCACCGUCGGAGUAUGGGUCAUCUAUGAAUAUCCCUCGUCUACCACAAAGCACCGGAGCCAAAAGUCCCAGCCACGAGCUACCGCCCAUCAUGGCCAGCGAAGUCGACCUCUUCAACGAGUACCCCCUGCACCUAGACCCAACCUCCAAAGCAAUCAGCCUCGCCUCUUCCUCCUCCUAUACCAGCGCACAACAAACAGAUCUGCACGCCGAACUCCAAGACCUAAACCAGCUGCACCGCGCCCUAAUCGCACUCGACCCGCCCAACAUCCCACCUCCCCCACUGCCCAUCAACCCGAAGCGCAGUGCCCAAAUUACCAAACUCCGCGAUAGUGCCAACACAGCCUAUCGCAAGAACAACUACGCCGAAGCAGUUCGGCUGUACACGUACGCCAUCGAGAUGGCGCUUGCCCGGCCCGGGUGGGAGCCUGUCACGCUGGCUCGCGACGAGAUGGCGGGUUUGUAUGCAAACCGCGCGCAGGCGCAGAUGGCACAGCAGGCUUGGCCUGAGGGAUUGGUCGAUGCUAAGGCUAGUGUUGAUUCCAAGCCUGUGGGCAAUGUUAAGGCUUGGUGGCGUGUUGCGAAGUGUUUGGCGGAGAUGAGUCGGUUUGAGGAGGCGAAGCAAUUUUUAGUUAAGGGGUUGGAGAUUGAAGGGAAGGCUGGUGAGGGUGGGAAGGAAUUGGUCAGUUUGUUGGAGGAUGUUGAGAAGGAGUUGCAGUCGAAGUCUGCUUUGGCUUAG